UCCUCCUCCCCUAAUGAUGCAGCAGGGCCCCUGCCAAUCAGACCUGCUUGGGUGGGGUUAACCAGAAGCAAGGCCGGCCUCCCAGCCAAUCAACCCUAGGGGGUGGGGAAAAGGCCAGGUAUACCAGAGGGGAGGGCUAGAGAGUUGUUGUCGUUCGUCUGGGGUGUAACCUGGCUGUGGCAGGGCACCCUCCUCUGCGGUUCCUUGGAGUUCAUCCUAGCUGAGGCAGGAAGACUCCCUCCAACAGUUUGGAUUUCCCUACCUCCCAGAAGAAUCUUUAUACUUGGAUCCCCUUGAGGUAUGGUUAUUCGGUGGAUUUACCCAAAGGCACUUUGCUCCUUACCCCUUUGAAAUUGCCCAAAGGAACUCCCUGACUUUGUAUUUGGAUUUGCCUGGAGGGCGUGUGCAUCUUGCUGUGGACGCUCCAAGGGAAGCUCUUUGUUUCGGACCAGGAGUGUUUUGGACUUGGGGGAGUUCAUAUGCUAAUGCCGUGUUCCUGAUCUACCGCUUGUUGUAUAUCUGAAAUAAACUCCUGUGUAAACCCUUCUUACAAGUGUGGUAUUUCCCUGUGUGUGCUAGUUGGUCAUACGUCACACGUUUACGUGACAUUCUGGUGGCAAGCGGUGCGGAUAAUGGAAACUAGCACAUCAGGGAACUUCGCAAACCUUACAGCUCAGGAGAUUACUGAGCUCAGGCUACCAACGCUACAAAGGCUCUGCCACACAUGCGGUAUUGACACAGUGGGAAAGCGGAGACAGGAACUCAUAGAACUUCUCACACACCAUUCUCUACCUACCCAGGAAGGUGAUGCCCAGGGUGACCCAGAAACCCCUGAGGAGGGAGAAGAAAACUAUAAUUUGCACCAAGAUGCAGCUGGGGAACCUGAGGACAACACCGUUACCUUGUUUCAGAAACACCUUGCUGCUAUUGGUCCAGGGCUGACCCCAGCAGAACGGCUAGAGGUAUUGCGCCCAACUAUACAGGGAAAUCAGCCUAGGAACUUGAGUUCUGGGCCCACAGCAGGGCCAACCAUUGCACGACAGCCAGUUGUGAAACUGACUCAUGCUGCCUUCCCUGCCUUUGAUGAGUCUAAGCAGAGCAUAGACAGCCUCCUUCGCUCCUUUGAAGGUUUAUGUGAGGACCACCAAGUUCCCCAGGAUGAGUGGGUGCUUAUUUUGGCUGGUAAACUCACUGGUAAAGCUAGCGAAGUCUAUUUGGAAAUUCCAUACCCCCAGCGAGCAAAUUAUUGGAAAGUGCGUCAGAUUCUCCUCGCCAGCUACGCCAUCACUCCAGACUUCUACAGAAGAGCUUUCCGCACCCGGCGUAAAGCCUCCCAAGAAACUCACCAGGAUUACGGGAAUAAGUUGCAGAGGGAUUUCCGCAACUGGGUACGGGGGAAUAAAGUUAAUUCCCUUGAGGAUUUGUGCCAGUUGAUGCUAAAAGAACAAUUCUUCGAAAACUGCUCCCUUGAAGUGCGACAAUGGGUUGGGGACCGUAAGCCUGGUACCUUGGAGGAGGCCACCCAGUUAGCAGAUGAGUACCUGGAGAAUCGUGUCCAGUCCCAGCCACUUGCCCUACCCCUGAGUCCUACAAACCACUCCUGUGAGGCUGAUCAUACCCAUGCUCUACAUGCCAGCCAUGUGACAGUCAGGGCCCUUCCAGAUUCUAAACCAAUUAGGAUUCCUCGGGCCUGUUUUAUUUGUGGUUGUACUACUCACUUACAGGCAACAUGCCCACGCAGACUCCCUAACCUGACCCCAAUAAGACUGCAACCUGCCAAAUCUGCAAAUAUUGUAUCACAGGGGGUCACUGAGUGUCAAGUGCAGGAUGCCCAAGAGACUGGUCCCCAUAUCUACAGGAAGCAACAAGUGAAUAUUGAUGCAUCAGACCUAAAAGAAUUUAGAGUGUCAGCAGUCAACUUGUGUGCCCCAAAAAGGUGGGAGAACAACUGUGCACCCAGGAGAGGACACUGGGGUGUUCCACAGACAAGACUGGAACAUCAAACAAAACUUAUAACCCCUACUCCAAUUCAUAGUAACAGACACAAAGUCACCAAUUCUCCAAACUGCAAAGUCUACAUUGGAAACCUUGGCAAGCAUGGCCAUAAGACUAUAUUGGAGCAGGCAUUUGGAUAUUAUGGCCCUAUACGUAGUGUGUGGGUGGCCAGGAGCCCCCCGGGUUUCGCAUUUGUGGAAUUUGAACACCACAGAGAUGCUGCUGAUGCAGUACAAGAACUAAAUAAAUGGACUUUGUGUGGGCGUCAAGUUAAGGUGGAAUUUGCAUCCAUAGACAGACAAAGUAGCAAUAAGGCUCCUCAAUCCCCAUGCAAAUGGCUCCCAACACAAAGGAGAAUAUGGACUGAGAGAAACAACUAUGUCACCCAAAGAUUUAAUUGAGCCAGUGGGGCCUUCAAAGUGCAGCCGGGACUCACCCUACAAAGGGGAUCCCCGGCAAUGCACUUACUCUGGGGGGGGAAGAAAUGUGACAAAUACUUAGUGUGACCAAAAUCCCCUUCUACUGGUCCCAUUUUAUCCAUAGCUAACUGACUAGUACACAUACAAUCCAAGAUGGUGUUUCUUCUUUGUUCUACUUUCCCGCCAAAAAGCUUUAAACAAACGAGCUCCCAGGAUAGCCCUCCAGAAGAGCUGGACAACCCCCUCCAAGGUAUUCCUCCUCCCCUAAUGAUGCAGCAGGGCCCCUGCCAAUCAGACCUGCUUGGGUGGGGUUAACCAGAAGCAAGGCCGGCCUCCCAGCCAAUCAACCCUAGGGGGUGGGGAAAAGGCCAGGUAUACCAGAGGGGAGGGCUAGAGAGUUGUUGUCGUUCGUCUGGGGUGUAACCUGGCUGUGGCAGGGCACCCUCCUCUGCGGUUCCUUGGACUUUAUCCUAGCUGAGGCAGGAAGACUCCCUCCAACAGUUUGGAUUUCCCUACCUCCCAGAAGAAUGUUUAUACCUGGAUUCCCUUGAGGCACUUUACUUCAGACUCUCGACACAAGAUGGCGAUGAAGAGCACGGUCGAGUUUGCAGGACGUCACUAUGCUUAUUUUCUAACUGCGCACUGGAUCAAGAAGGGAAUGUCCCUUGAAAAAGAGCAGCUAACAAUGAAAACACCUUUAGGAGGGAAAUUACAAUAAAGCUACAGAGCUCCACAAGGAGGAAGAGGGGGAGGAUUUUAUACUGCAAAAGAAUGAAAGAGCUUCAGCGGGACCUUUUGCUUACGACAACUAAAGUAUAAGAGCUGCAGGAGCUUUUUGAGAUCUGGGUAAAGUGUUGGUUUGAAAUUGAAUAUUCCUUUUCACCAAUUCCCUGCCAUCAGUUAGUGGACAAAUAUGGCUCAUCCUAGAAGAGGAAGCUAUGAUCACCGGGAGAUAGUGGUAAAAUAUAUUCAUUAUAAACUAUCUCAGAAGGGGUAUGAAUGGGAAGAGGGAAGGCAGCAGGUCUCUGCUGAGCACCCUCAAGCUUCUGCUGCUAUUAGUAAUUAUUCUGAUGAUGGAGAAAUGCCUGCUGCUUCCGCAGAUUCACUUGGACCACCUCAAUCUUCACUCGCAUCUACUGCUGCUGCUGCUUCUGCUUCCUCAGAUGACGAAACCCCAAGUAAUACUCCAAUCACCUUUGUGGACAAUGCACCUGCUGUUCCCAGGAGUUCUGCAUCUGCUGCUUCACCCUUAGCUGAAUUGAAUGCUGUACCAAGAGAUCUUAAUGUUAACCCAGAUGCCAGUCGUGCAGCAGAUGGUGAUAAUAAUGAUGAUGGUGAUGAUGAAGCUGUUAUGCAGCCAGUCCCUCCGGCAGUGUUACAGACUUUGAUUCGAGCUGGAGAUGAGUUUUCUCGCUUGUAUCAGCAAGAUUUCAGACAGAUCUCAGGGCUCCUCCAUUUAACCCCAUCCACAGUUAGGGUGCGCUUUGCAACCGUAGUGGAGGAGCUCUUUCAUGAUGGGGUGAACUGGGGAAGGAUUGUUGCUUUUUUUGAAUUUGGUGGGGUCAUGUGCGUGGAGAGUAUUAAUCGAGAAAUGUCUCCUCUGGUGGACUCCAUUGUGGGUUGGAUGACAGAGUACCUGAACAGUCACUUACAAAAUUGGAUCCAGGAACAGGGAGGAUGGGAUGCAUUUGUGGAGCUUUACAACAGCAAUAUUCGGCCACCAUUUGACCCAAGCUGGUUAUCCAUCAAGACAAUAUUAAGCCUUGCUGUGGUUGGAGCCUGCAUCACAAUAGGUGCCUAUCUUGGCCACAAGUGAACGGAUGGAAGUAUCCUGACCUUGAAGAAUUGGACACUUUGAUGUGUAAAACUAGUGGACCAAUUGUUAAAUCAGCUAUAACUGCCAAAGGAGGUUUCACUUUAUUUUCUGUAGAAAUAUUUUCUUUUUAUAGAGGUUUUAUUUAUUAAAGUUCUUUGCAUUUCAAGCUAAGCCUCACCAUCUGACAAUUUACAUGCAGUGUCUACCGUCUCUUCUUCCUUGGUUCACAAAUCCAUUUACAGGCACUAUCAGACCCUUGCAGUGUUUAAUUAAUGUAGCAGAUGUUUAAUUCUUACCAGUGGAUUACUAACACAACCUUCAGUUACAGAAUUUAGCUUUCGUCCAGGCUUUUCAUGCUUCUGAAUUCCAGACAUAUUUUUCUACUUAGUAUAAUUAAGGUAAAACCUAACACAGCCUCUGGUGCCUCCUAGAGGUGAGGAGUAAUAUCAUUGCCAUCACACUGUCUAGGGUUUGGGUUAGACAUGCUCAGUAAGGUUACUGAUUCCCUACAUUGAGAUAGCUUUCAUUUCAUCAUUACCAACCAACGGACAACAAUUUUGUAAACUAUGUUUUUCUGCUCUAAUAUAAAUGCAAGAUCACUAAAUAUAACUAUCUGUUUAGCUGAAAUGAAACUUGGUAGAAAAGCAAGUACAAUUCUCUCUACUCUUUGAAUUAUAAGAAAAAGUUGAGUCAAACAUAUCUUAAGAUCUCAAGCUCUUCAAAGGGAACUUUACAGAUGUAAAGAUGUACAGCUGAAAUCACUAGUCCGAAAAAUGGUGGUCUGUGAGGGCCAGAUGCAUCGAUACAGCCUGUGUUAUCUCUAUAUAGGAGAUUGCUUUGAUUCUUAUUAUUCUGAUAUAUUUCAUUUCCAAAUGCAUAUUUACAGAUUAAAUAGAAUUAGGAAGACAUUCUGGUACAUUGUAUACCCCCAAUACAUACAGUAAAUUGUUGUGCUAGAGAAACACUAAUGGUAUAACAGAGAUAUAGCUAUUUAAACAGGUGCUUGUUUUUGGAAAUGGAGAACGAUUCAACAUGUUUCUGGAUAACAGAGCUCUACCGCACUCUAAGGCCAAAAUGUAUAAACGGGGUUCACGGUUGAAAUAUGUAUAUCCACGAAUAUCGGUGAACCGGCACACCCAUGUAAAAAUUGUUCAUCUCUUUAUUUAUAUCAUAUCACAAUCCAACAUAUACACAAAUAUAUGGCUACAAAUAUAUUGUUCCAUAUAUUUGUGUAUGUUACAAGCUACCCUUUCGUAAACCAAUUUGCAUAUUAUAUUUAGUGGCAUUUUAAGACACCAUUUAGAUGUUUUUUUAUGCAUGACAAGGCAGUUUGCUUUUUUUUUGAGUAGAGAUUAAUGAACAAAAAUCUUUUUAGGGUCUCCAACCUCCAAACAUAUAUUGAGUCUGUACUCCAGUCAGUCACAAGCCUACUGGAUCUGGUAUACCCUUGGGCACCCUGCAUGUGGAAUGACAUACAGGAUCCUGUGCAUGUAUCUGUUACGGCUUUCUGUGUUUUAGUUUUAUAGUUUUUUUAAUUGCACUUUUUAUCUGCAUUUAUUUGGCAGUUGUCCCUUUCACCCUGUUUGCUUAUAUUCUUACAAUCAUGUGUGUUCACAAUUGUUUGUUCACAUUUUUUAACACCCUUUAGCACUUAUAAAUAGUAAAACAUAAAUGCCUUUAUUAUACUUAUAUUCUUGUUCAGGUCAGAUACAUGUUCUUGUUGCUGCAAUGGCAGAAGCAGCUCAUCCCCAGUACUGAGGAGUCUCAAAUGUGUAACAAGUGCACACAAAUGCUCCUACUUUCUAGAUUGUCCACUAAUAUGUUGGUGAUGGAAUACAUCCUUGUAUGAAAAGCUCUGUUCUCCUAGGCUGUUACCUAAUGCAAAUUUCUAAUCUCUGUCUGUAAUCACAUAUUAUUAUUAUGAUUAUGAUUAUUAUUAUAUAUAUAAACAAUACAUUUUAGACUACAGAAGAUGCUAAUAGUGUCUGACAUAUUAAAAACAUUAAAGGAAAACUAUCUUUAGUUAUGCCAAGAUCCUAAAAUUUAUGUAAUUCCAAACAGAUUUUUCCUUUUUUUUUAUUAUAUCACACAGAAAGAAUUUUCACAUGCAGGAAUAAAAUAAUAAAUGGGGAAGAUGCCUCUCACUUACUGGGCUAUCAGCCAGUCGAGAGAUUGGCUGACUGCAUUUUACAACAGAGAAGCCAAUUACAGUAAGGCUGCUAGCAACUAUCAGCAAUGCUUGAGUUAAAACAGACUUGCCUCAGUCUUUUAGGUUGCAACAUGUUAUUCCUGAAUAAAGUUGUUCAAAAUAAAAUAUGUAUGGGUUUUCAGGUAAGGGUCUACUAUGUAAACUGAAAAAAUCGGCUGAAGACUGCUAAUGUUGCUUGUGAUUUUGUUUAAUAACAGAUGAAUAAAGUGACUAUUAUUAAUCACAGGUAGAUGGAGGCCGGUAGGCUUAAUAUGCAUGCUGCUGUAUUUCUGGAAUGCAUUGAAUUCACAUGCAGGGAGGAGAAUCUGGCAUAUAACUUGGUGGAAUGUCAUUGACACCAAGAACAAUAACUUAUUAAACUUGCACUCAGCAUUGUGGAGAGAACUAUAACUUUAUGUAUAAUACUGACCAUAAUAAGCAUGUAAUUCUGUUGUGAUGGUGUCGGCAAUGUAGGCGUAACAAAUUAGAAUUAAAACAAAUCCUAUUUUAGCUCAGAUAGAGUCUAUGUAGAAAAUUGCUGCUUUAUCCCAGUGUGCAUCUCAGCUAGUAUGAUGCUUUUUUAUUGUGCUGAUAUUGCAUUUUUAUUUAAUUGUAAUUUUUUUUUUCUAAACUGUAAAAAAGAACAGGAGAGAAUGAAAUGUAAAUACCACAAUUAAUGACCGAAAACAUUUAUCACUGAUUCCCAAAUGCUGCAAUGCACAAUAUACAGUUAGUGAAGUAUACAAAUUUUUGUAAAUCAACAGAGAAACCGAUUUCAGUUCUUAUUUUAUCUGACAGUUAUCCAUGUGUUUGAAAAACUUUUCUUUAUGUUGUGAAUCAGUAAUAAAUGUCUUGCUUUGUGUUUUGCAGAACUGUCUAGAGAUUUCAAGGGAUUCUUUUGAACAUUUAUGCCUGUAUUAAUAUUGAAAAUGAUGGCUGAAAUGGUCAAAAUUUGGCACCACUUACCAAUAAUACUGCAGUGAAUAUGAGAUGUAAGUGUUCUUUGGUGAGGGUAUAUAUAUAUAUAUAUAUAUAUAUAUAUAUAUAUAUAUAUAUAUAUAUAUAUAUAUAUAUAUAUAUAUAUAUAUAUAUAUAUGUUUUUGCAAAAGGAAUCAGAGAGCUUAAAAUGCAGUUGGUUUGAUGCAAGGUCAGGUUAAAAGAAAAUCAACCCUGGUUCUUAAUAAUAUAAAACAAUAUCAAGGGAAAAUAUACCCUAUUUAAGAAUUGUUUAUCUUCCAUCUAUGCAAAGUGGAAUAUGAGCGAACUGCUUGUUGCGUGCAUGGAACAUUCCUUCUAUAGAUAUGGAAGUUGGUAGACUUUUGCAUCCUCUACAACUAUCCUAUUGUAAAUAUAAAUUGCACUAAUCUCUUGAUGUUCAUUGAGUAGAUCUACCAUGAUACAAGCAAUUUCCCAUCUUAUAAUCAUUUGUAUAAAUGCUAGUAUGUACCACAGGCAUGUCCUGGGCCUAAACAACCCUACCACCCAUUUGUAUAGUAAUAAGAUAAUGCUAAAAAAAUUUUACAUAUAGGGUAUAUUUCCUCUUUUGGUUGCUGGGGAAAAUUCUGAUAUAAUUUCUCUCCUGAAAAUCCAUGGCUUGUGUAUGAGUCAAGUAUUUUUUUUUUUUAUUUUGCAGGAAGUGAGAAUCCAACUGCUUCUUCAUAUUAACAACAUAUAAAUUAAGAUUAUUUAUCCUUGAAAUAUUUCUGGCUAAAAUUAUUUGUUAUUUUGUUACAUUUUAUAGGGCAGAAGAUUUCUUAACUGUGCUGCUAAACUACCAAAUUCAUUAUAUUAAUUUGUAAUCUGUUAGUAACGACUGAGGGAAGCUUUUUAUAUUGAGUUAUAUGAAGUACAUUUUCUAUAACUGAGGCACAGGGAUUUCUCAUGUUUGGGAAUAUACCGGGUUAUUAUCUUACCCAGAACAAUGCAAAUUUUCUUUAAUGAAAGUUCAGGGAAAAUUAUUCUAAAACCGUAUACUCCAUUAUUUAUGGGAUGUUCAUGUUUUAAGGUGCACAUGCAGCAUUUAAAAAAUUAAUGAUAAAUAGAGUUGGUACAGUAUAUAAUCCCCUGCUUUGACAGCCCCAUGGACCACAAACUAUCAUGGCCUCAAAAUCCAUUUCACUUAUUUACUGUAGGAAUAAUAGUAUCACCCUAAUGUGGAAAAAUUAGGACGAUUCUAAACUCAGAUGUAGAAGGGCUUAUUGUCAGCUUUGCUAUUAAACAGACACUGUUAAUUAAGGCUAUAUUAAUGUAUAUUGUAGUUUUUUUAAAAUCCACCACUUCAAAUUAUUCCAUAUUUAUGAAACAAUUCACAACAGGUGGAAAUAAAACAAUAUGGACAAUAUGACACGUUUUGAUAAUUUAUCAUUUUCCGCAUUGUAACUGCUUGAAUAAUUGGAGGAAACCAUUACCAUUUUCACUAUUUUUAACAGUUUGUGCAAAACUAUCCUUUGAUUUUGCUUGUGUACAAGCAAAAUCUGAGUGUUUGGUGGAUUCUAGUAUUUCUAAACCAUAUCUGUAGGGAUAGGAGACACUAGAGCAGUUAUUCCCAAUUUGUGGGACUGGGUGAGGACUUAGCCUGAAGGUCACUUAGGGUAAGAUUUUGGGACAGUGUCUGUUUUCUCUCCUAGAUAAACCUAAACUUACAACUAGAAUGUGAGUUAGGGUGAGAUUUGGGUUGAACCCCUAUUUUCUGAACUAUUGAUGAUACAUCUGUAACUGUAACUUUUAUAAUAGUUAGACGGGUCAGCUAACCAAACAGGGCUUAAACUGAAACCAUUUGCUCUAGAGUGAAAUAAUUACCAGGAGAUUAUGGCAAUGGUUAAAACCUGUACUCGGGCAUGUCAAUGUCCUGCAUCUACAAUGUCCUAGAAUUACUAGCCCUCCAGUAGUAGAAAAUACCCUAACCAAUAUAUUUAUACAGAUUCUUAUUAUUUAGCUAGUCCUCUUGAGUCUGUAUAAAAAUACACCUAAGAUAUAUUUCUAUAUUACUAAAAUGCCUAGAAUAAAACAGACACAUAUCUUGAGGAUUUCAAAUCCUAGCCCACUAAGCAAUGUUCUCAUAAUUUGUGGUCACUGACACCCAACCAUUAGCUCCAUGCACUGUGAGGUUUUUACUACAAAUAAAUAACAGCUCAGAUGUUACCCUUCUUAAACUGUAGUUAUCCAUAAAGUGCAACUUCUAGAACUUUAAAAUCUAUAUUUUAGUUCAAAGAUGUUUUUUGUUGUUCACAUCUGUAUCUGUUGAAGGAUGCUCUGCACCGGGUCCGUCAUAUAUUAAUGAACCAGGAAAACGUAACCUUCAAUGAUACUAUUGGUAUGUGCACCAAAUUGUAUUAAUAGCUGCUAUUUAUUAACUUUAUUUACUUCUAAAUACCUGCACGUCUUGUUUGAAAUUUAACACAUGUAGAAUUGUUGCAUAUACUGUAUGUACCUUAAACGCAGCAAUAUUGCCACUUACCCAUUGCAUAGCUAUUUUAUAGCUAUUUUAUGCAUGCAAAUACACCACAAAUACCACUGAAUUUAUUAGGCUCAAUAAGAAGCUUAGUUACUGUGACAGUGUACCCGUUUCUGUUAAUUGCACCUUAAAUGAUUCACACACCUCUCACAUGAUAUUUACAAUACGACAUGGGUCAGCUGCAAAGAACACUCUGCCUCCAAUCAGAUUUGGUCUUCACUCCUUCUUGUAUACUAAGAUAAUGGCUCAGGUACAGGGUUCUGCCUAUGAUUACUGCAGUCUCAGCCUUGUCUAUAGGGGUAGCUUGCAUAGUAUAACAUAAAUCCUUUUUUUGUAAUCUUAUCCAUGGCUAAACAGAUACUGUUUAUGACUGCAUUUUGACAGUGGUGAGCAGUAUGCAGGUCUCUCAGCAGAUUUCCCUUCAUUGAGAGUGUGGGAGUCAUAGAUCACCCUCCUGUGGUGUUGCAGAAUAACAAGCUAUUUUUUAUUGUUGUUAUUAUUUUUAUGGUAUAGGUUUUUGUUUUUUUAAAUAUCUCUACAUAUCUCUAUAGUAGCUAUUUGUGCGGUGUAUCGUGGUGUUAUUGACCAUCUGUCUUGUGUCUUACUGUAUGUUUUGCUUUGUUUCAUUAUUGAGUAUUGGUUACCUGCUCAAUCUAGAUUUCAUUACCAACUUUUUUUUUUUAGCUGACAAGGAUAAUUCUGUGUGCACAUAGCAUUGAAUUCUGGCGUUCCACUCUUGCCAAACUUACCAUCUGUUUGCCACUCUGUUGGUCAGGAGAACAACUUGAUGCGCUGAGCCAGUGAUAGCUGACUGGUACCAUUGCCAAAUGUUUGAGCAGAAAUGUACACAUUUAGAACAGGAAUUCUGAAAAUGAUUUUUCUUUCAAAUGACAAAGUAUUAUUUCAUCGUAACAAUCAAGGGAUAUAACUCCAUGAAUGUCCAGUGGGUAAUUGCAGAACAUACAGAUAUACACAUAUUUGAUUCAUCUCAGACCCAUUUACCACUAUGCACCAUGCUAAUUUUGAAUGAUGAUCACCGCCAUUCUUAGUCAGAAGCAAAGUAAACAAAAUAAAUCCCUAUUAAGUAACCAAAUGCAGGCACUAUAUCAUAUGUAGUUGUUCUGCCAGUAACACUGAAGUUCAGCACAGCUCGUCAUAAUAGGGGCAAUGGUAACAUUAUUAAUGUGACCCUUCUGGUAGGAAUGGUGUGAGUCAGUUUACACUAUAAAUAAGUAACACCGAAGUCAACUGAGGGUUAGAUGUAUUAAUGGAAAUAUUUGGAAGACAAAUUAGAUGGGGAUUUGUGAGAGUAAAAUGACACCUUUGUAUAUUUUUAGAUUUGUAAACCACUUACAGUGUACGGCGCCAGUUAGUGGUUCAAGAGGACUCAAAAGAAAGUACCAGUUUUUGUCUACCCUGAGGCUGGCAACUGUUUUUAGGCCAGACCUGAAACCAAUGUAAUAUAGGCAAAACUAAAUAUUAUUUUUUCCAGCAACUGGUAUAGAAGCUUCUUAUAGGUAUAAAUCUUAUUAAAGCAUAUCUAGUAUCAAUCUAAGCAGUAUCUGGAAGGAUGAGCAAUAGAUAUAAUAUUAGCAGCUACAUUAAAGCAUAAAUUUGUGCAUUUCUGCAUCUUCUAUAUUUUCAGGGGUUCCACGUUGCUUAAAGUAUGCUUCUUAGAAUUUUACAUGAUUUUGUUUGAAAUUUACUUGUGCUAUAUUUCCCAUCUGUCAUGUUGCUUCCUAAUAAAAGUGUCUCCUUCUCAAUUAAAUAAUGAUCUUGAGUAUGUUUUAAGGUUUAGUCUUAUCUAAAAAAGUGCAAUUGUAUAUAGCAUUAAUACUUCUUGUGAGUUGAAGCAGCCUCUAUUACAGGAGCCAGGUUGCAUUUCUCCUGUUAAAGGAAGAUAGAAGUAUCCCUAUAUAAUGUAGUAACGUGGUACCAUUUUAAUAUGUUUCGAAUUGCAAAUUUUGUUGGGACAUGAGCAGCAGAUACGGUGUGCAACCCAUGCAGAAUGGUUUAGUCCAACAGGGAUGUCCAAGCAGCAGCUAUUGAUCAUCAUCAUCAGUCAUUGGGAUGCCGGAAAGGCUGUAAGCUAGACAUAAAUACUAAAAAUAUCAGUUAUUAUAAUGUGCUACACUGCCAUCUAUUUGGAUAAUUUUGUCAAGGACAUUUUCUUACUAAGGACCCCUUCUGAAGCAUCAGGGUCUAAUUCAGUAUACCAGCCAGCCCUGAGUGAGAGAGUGAUUUGCUUGCAUUUGCUUGAGUGAUUUGCUUAAGUGAUUUUAACUUUAACACACAGACAGUUUUAGUAUGCAUCAUAACAACAAAUCCUUCAUUCAACAGUAGAACUGAUGUGUGUUCAUAAGGUCUUUUCUAUUAAAUAUCUCAUUUCCAUUUGGCUACGACAGUCUCAGUUAAGUCAUUAUUUAAACAACAUUAGCAAUGCAAACUGAAAUCAGAAGGUUUGGUGUUGGGGAGUGGUGGAGUGACGCACCAUAAAUAACACCUUAAAUCCCAUUCAUAUUUCAAAGCUAGUGCCUUUUAUGAGUUUGUGUGCCUUAGAUCAGGAAUGGGCAAGCUGUAGCCCUCUAAGUGCUGUUGCACUGCAACAUCCAGCAUCCACUGUCUUGCAAGGCUGAGAGUUGUAGUUCAUGCAGCAUCUGGAGAAAACACAGGCUGCCCAGUCCUGCCUUACAUGAACAGUUUCACAAAAGAAUAACCAUAUCAGAUCGGAGGGACUGAAUUUGCAGGCUUAAUUUACACAAGUGAAAUGUUUUCUUGGAUAAAUAUACUGUGUUCACAAUCAUGUUCUCUUCUUGCAUUGUAUGUUUGUACUUGUGAAUGUUCAUAUUUAUGUUUUUCCCCUUGUAUUCACAAAGUAGCUUUGUUUGGCAUUUAACGAUAAGAAACAGUUCUUACUUAAUGAAAGUGAUUUUUGUACAUUGUGGCUUUAACAGAAAUGU